CUUUCCUAGACGGUGUCGAUGUAAAUAAACGCACGGACAUUCCCCUUCCUGAAAAUAGAAAAAGUUAAUUUUAAAGCGUUAUACUCAAAUGAAUGAUUCUUUAGAUGCGAGUUGUACUUGGAACUAUUUUCUGGAUGAACAUCCUGCAUCUAAUUUCUUCUAAACAAGAAGAAUCGCCAUCAAUACAGAAGUUUAAAGCAUCAUGUACGGAGACAGCAACAUGUCCCGUGUCAUACCCGCGGGAAGAACUGCGGGAAAAGCUGACCCCAAUGCAGUACAAAGUCACACAGGAGAAGGGCACUGAGAGGGCUUUCUCGGGUGAAUACAACAGCCACAAUGAUGAGGGUUCGUACCGAUGUGUAGUUUGUGGGAAUCGUAUCUUCUCAUCCGAUGACAAAUACAACUCCCGUUCCGGCUGGCCUUCCUUUAAGGAUGUGAUCUCGAAGGAAGCAGUCACCCUCGGGGAUGAUACGUCUCAUGGUGCUAAGAGGGUGGAAGUAAAAUGUGCAGACUGCCGAUCCCAUCUUGGACAUGUGUUUGAUGAUGGGCCUAAACCAACCGGAGUCAGAUUCUGUGUAAACUCUGCUGCCUUGAAGUUCAAGAAAGAAACAACGGUGUGACCAAGUUUUACAUGAAAUUUCUCUUUUGAUACUUGUGGUAAGGUAUAUGUAUCAGCAGCCAAUUGUAGAAAACUGGAUAUUAUGGUUAAUUUGCAAAACAAUGCAAUUUGAUUGGUCGACAGUAAUUUUUGCAAAAAGAUUGACCAAUCAAUAAACAAUUCAUCUAACUUGAAACAAAUCAAGGAAUUUACCAGUUUUAUACAAUUGAUUGCUGAUUUAUAUAUAAGCUUGUCAGUUUAUCGAGCCAUUAGUGUUGAUAUUAUAUUCUGCUACCUGAUGACCUCAUAUAAUUUUGGUAUCAUUUGAUUGGGUACUGCUUACAGAAUACUACCGUUUUAUCAAAAACAAAUGAGCAUAAUUGCAUUACAAUUUUUUAUUUGCAGUUUGUUCUUUUUUUAACUGCAAUCUAACAUGGCAGAGAUAUUUUGCAUUUUUUCAAGGCUAAAAUGGCCGGAGGGGUUUCAAUAUUUUUUUACAUAUCUACUGUUUUCAUGUCAAAACCUUUGAAAUGAUACCAAAAUAAGAUGGGGUCACAUCCAAAAUUCACAUCAUAGUACAAGGAAAACCUUAAGGGAAUUAUGAUAGAAAAGUUUAUUGAUUUUAUUGUAAGCAGUACUUUAUUUUUUAUCUAUUAAAAUUCAUUAUUUGCAAAAUAAAACUAUUUGCAUAAUUCAAGUAGUAAAGGUAAAAGCAUAAUAAAAGUGAUUUUUUUGUGUUUUAAGAAAAAAAAUGUAUGAAAGUAAAAAUGCUUUCAAGAAGUUUUUAAUUUUAAUAAUUAUUAUUAUGCAAUGUACAGUACAUUGUACUUUGUUUUUGAAUAUUUAUAAUAUUAGUGCCUAAUAUAUUUUACAUGUAUUUUAUCUAGCUUUGGCCAUUCUUAGAGCAGUUUCAGCAUUAUUGUUAUCAUAAUUAGAAAUUUAUCAACAUUUGUAUGUCAAACUAUUUUGACACAUAUUUUAAGUGCUUCACCUGUAUCGAAAAUAAUAAUAACAAAAUACCAUCGUUUUUACUUACAUAAGUAAAUUCAGUUAUAUCAAUUCUUAAAAUAUAAGUUCAUAACUACUUAAGUAAACAUGUUAAGCAUUAAAAUAGUAUUAUUAUGACUGAGAGUUUAUUACAAUUUCCAGUAUAUUUCAUUAUAUACUUGAUUCAUCAAUUAUAAUGUUCGGCCUAGAAUAUGUCUAUUAUUUUAGUUAGCUUUCAGAGUGACAGAGCGAAGAAUAUGUGUUAACUUGAGUUAUGUUACAUAAACACUGCUGACCUACAUGUAUUAGAUAAAGAAAUCCAGUCUAAUAUGUCUGUCUGAAAUUUGUAAUGCAUGUUCGAUUGUUAGGCUUGAGGACUUUCUAUUUAUCAUCAUCGGUCAAUUAUAUACGGUAAAACUUGAUAACUCUUUGGUUUGGUCAAUGUUAGCAAAACUGUUCAUUGAUUGGUCAAUAUAUAUCCAAUAAUUACUAUCGAUCAAUGAAAUAAUGUCCAAAUUAGCUAAGUUAAGUUUAAACUGAAUUAUUUUACAACGAUUGAGAAACAUAACAUCUUGGCCAACAUCGUGUCAACGAUCGUGACUUAAUAUAAGAUAUCAUAACUUUCUUCACAAUUGUUGUAAAAUAUAUACUGUUUAAACUAAACAUUUAUGAAUUAUGUGUAUUUGGUAGAAUUGUAAACAUAUUAGGUGUUCAGGUUUCUCAUGAUAUUUUGUCUUUUUAGAUCUGAAUUGUACAUUAUUAUACUGAAAUGAUGCUGAACCAUCCUGAUAUUGAUGCUGCUAUGGCUGUUUGUUGCAGAUAGAAUGUAGUCAAAUCUUAGAUUUUAUAGACUACUUAAUCGUAGCAGACAAAAACCGAAGCAAACCGAUUGUGUCUUACCUCUGAAGUUUCUUUUUGGAGAUUUUAUGUUUGAUUAAGGCCACUACUUACAAACAAUAACAAUGAAAGAAUAUUCACUAUCUAAGGUGUUCAUUUUGCAUUAGGUGUUUGCCUUUUGCCCAAGACAUUGUUGGUCCGGCAAAUUUUCUUGGCCUUUAAAAUAGGACACAAAGGCCAAACGACACUAAUACUCCACUGGUUUCUACACCAAAACAGGCUUAAGAGUGUUUCAUAUCAGCUUAUAAGCCAUCUGGUCAAUAAAGCUAAGUAAAUAAAUUUAAAAAGCCCAUUAUCUGCUGCUUUGAUGUAAUCAAAUAUCAAUUUUGUCAGAAAAUGUUGAAAAACAUAUCAAGGUGGUAAGAUUAGACAUAAAAUUAAUUUUAUUAUUGCUGAUAAAAAAGAAUAUGCAAAUUUAAAGGUAUUCCGCCAGCAGCAGGAUUUGAACCUUGAUCAAAACCAAAGUCUGCAGCGGAAGAUAUUUUCCAUGACAGUUCUAACACUAUUGUAGAAUGAUAUUCUCAAGGGCUUACAUGAUGUAAUUUAUAAACCAAUUGAUGGUGAAAUUUGAAAAAAAUGAAAUGACUAGUGGUCAAAUUUGAAUGUUAAUUGUUAACAUUAACGAAAAAAGUUAUCAAUUUUCUUGACAGUUUUUACCAUCAGGUAUGUGGGUUAUGAAAAGUUUUCAAUAGGCCUAUUUAAAACUGUUAUUUAUUUCUUUAUUUGUAAAUAUAAACAAAUAUACUAGCCAGAACAGAGAGAAGGCCUUAAUUAAUUUUACUGACAGACAGUUCACAAUCUAAAGAUCUCAGGAAAUUAGACCAACUUACAACUAUUGCUGUAAAGGUAAUUGUGUAUCCCCUUUUAUCCUUUGUAAGUUAACCCAGAAUGUGUUCUGUAAGGUUGAAGUAAUAAUAGCUUUAGCCCACAAAGUGCCACCAUAACUUUUGUAAUUGUUAACCCCCAGAUAGUAACCCACAGGAGAUGCGUCCAUCACAUCAGCCACGUCUGUCACAUCCCCAAAAUAUCUUGUGUCAUAAAUAGCUCUAAAACUAUUGCACCUACACUCAUGAAACUUCAUAUGAAUGUUAGCCAGAAUGAGAAAGUGUGCAUCUGCUAUUAGUGUAGCAUUUCAGUCAGUCUAACAAGAGUUAUGACCCUUGAACAAAUUAAAAUUAUCUCCUGUGUCCAGGUGGCGUCUGGUUUUCAUACCUUCUGCAAAAGUGCUAGUUAUAACAAGUCUUAAAUUUGUAAAGUCCUUCAUGAAUUAUUAAUAUCUUGCAUUACCUGGUAUGUAGCCAUGUAAUAAAGAGUUUAAAAUGAUAGAAUUGGUUUUCCAACCGUGCAUAGCAAGUACUUGAUAUACUGAAGGUGUAAAGUGAGCUUAUUAGAAGUUAUUUUUUUAGAAGAAAUUAAAGUUGUGCUUUUAUAUAACUCGUACCAUAUCUGUUUUGAAAUUAUGAUAAGCAUGAUAGUUUAGAAUACCAUGACAGGUUUUUUUAAUAGAUGUAAAUAUCAGGAUAUGUUUUCGUCUUUUCUUUUUUAUAAUAUUUUGCAUUGUAAGAUGCAUUUCUUUUAUAAGGAACUGACAUUAAUAUUCAGUGAUUUUGUAUGAUGGAAAAGGGCUGCGAAAUGUAUUUAAAUGUAAUUACUUGCCUUAAUAUUCCUUUAAACUUUAUACUUAGUAAUUACAUAACCAAUAUUUUAUUGUAAGAAACAUGGAUAUAUUUGAAUCAGUUGUACAGUUUAUCAAUAUCCUUCACUGUUUGUUAUCCCACAUGUGCAAUAAUUGUCUUUACUGUUAUCAUUUUACAAGUUUCUCUGUUUAUCAAAGUAAACAUUUUAACGUCUAUUGUCAUAGCUUUGUCGUCAUUGUUGUCAUUAUUGAUGAGCUGACUUCUAACAUUGGCCAUUACUUAACAAACGACCAAGACAUUUUAAUGAAACUUGGUAUGCAUGUAGCUAGAGGCAGUAUGGACAUGUACAGUAAGGUCCAUACCCCUACGUUUUUUAAUUCAACAAACAACCAAGAAUUUAAAUGAAACUUGGUACAUAUGUUGCCAGAGGAAAUAUGCACAUGUGCAGCAAUGCCCAUAAUUUUACCUAUUAUCACGGUUGAGUAAUGACGCUUUCUUAUAAGGUGCAUAUUGACAGACAAGUGUUGGUUUUCGCUCUGCGACGAUCUUGUUUUCUUUUUGAUUUUUAAUUGUUGUUUGGAUGCUCAACUAUUGUACAUGAUACUUUUUCAGUUACCAAAUUUUACAAAGUUUACUAAUAAUGUUUAUGUUAUAUCAAAAUAUAUUGAUAAAGAAAGGUAAGCCAUAUCACGAUGAAUUUGCAUUUUACUUGCGUGCCUCAUAGAUUAAAACUAGAUUUAGGAAAUAAUAUAUGUUUGGAAUACCCAACUUGAGCAAAAAAGUGAAUGUGUUAUUCCUGUAUUGUCUUGUAGUUUUUACAUGACAGGUUUAAAAUUUAUGCUCUUACUUUGUACUUUUUACAGAUGACUUUUUAAAAAAAAAAAAUAUGUCAUCUUUCUUGUGUGCCAUAUAGUAUGCAAGUUUAUUGAUUUCAAGAUGAUUUGAAUGGUUUUAAUAUGUUGUUUUUGAUUGAGCAAAUUAUGAACUAAAUUCUGAAUAUUUUGAGAGAGCAAAACAUGAACAAAAAUCAAACAUUUCACGGUAUUUUUUUGGCCCAUAAACAUAUCCUGUUUAUACUUUGUAAUUCACAAAUGCUGGAGAUGAGAUCAUUUGAACGGUCUUAUUCUAGAUAGCUUUGGAUAUCUUUCAAGCACAUGGUUUUCAAGAGUAAUAAGUGAUGAGGUUGCAAAACACUACUUGUACGGGUAUGGGUACAGGUGGACUACUUUGUGUGCACUUCAUCAUCCAUGUAUGUGUACAAGUGGACUACUUUUUGUGCACUACAUCAUCCAUGUAUGUGUACAGAUGGACUACUUUUUGUGCACUACAUCAUCCAUAUAUGUGUACAAGUGGACUACUUUUUGUGCACAACAUCAUCCAUGUAUGUGUACAAGUGGACUUUUUUGUGCACUACAUCAUCCAUGUAUGUGUACAUAAGAACACCUAUAAGUAAGAGUUUAAGGGAAUUUUUGCAAACAAGUUUUUAACUCAAAUGCAACUUUCACAUGUACAAGUAGCAUCAUUUAUGUACAUGUGUAACUUCACGUACCCAUACACAUACACUUUGUGUUCAGUGCUUCCUCUCUUUUAUUUCUGUGUAUUUUACCAUAUUUGUUGAUCUGCUACCCACAAACUGCUGUUGUCAAUGACAUGUAUGUUUGUAUUGUUUGUAUUUCUGUCUUGAGUGCUUUUGAUCGGUAUUUAGUGUAUUGUUAUAAAUGUUUCUUUUGUUUUUUGUUAACUUAUUGUAUUUUUGACAUUUAUUUAUGGACAUAAAUAUGGUUUUAUGUUAAAUUUUGUGCAUAAUUGAUGUGUUUCGACUGUUUUUAUCUUUUGAAUUUUAUAAUCUUAUUGCUAGCUAUAUAAUUUGUUAAUUAUAGUAACUUACCAUUUUCUUUCUAAACUUUACCCGACUGAUAAAGUUUGUCUUUGACGACUUCUGUACAUGAUGGCUGUAGGGCUGUUUUCAAAAUAUCUCAUUUUGGUUUGCAGUUGUUUUAAUUUUAAUAAAGACAUACUUAUUUUAAAACAAAUUGAAUACAUGUUAAUCAACAGCCUGUAGGCAUAUAACAUUGAGCUAAUUGUUCCGAAGUUUGUUAAAGUUAGAAAAAUAUUAACAAGAUUGUAAACUUUUUAAAGGUGAAAUAUUUUAUGAUGUGCUUUAUAUUUUUAUUAAGAUAACAAGUACAUCUGAAAACCUUUGUCUCAAAUCUUGAAAGAAAUACAAAAGAUCACAAGGGUAUCGAUUAUAUUUCCAGAGCAGUAAGGAUUUGAAAGUUAACAUCAAUGGCGUUAACAACGUUGUUAACUUUGACAAAGUUCUGAACAAUGGGCCCAAUAGGUGCCACAAUAAAAAUGCCUUUGUAACAUUUUAUAUACAUGUAAUUAAGGCUGAACGUUUGGUCAUAUUAUAUACUGGAGUAAAACAGCAGAUAUGUAGUACAAUCUUAAAUAAAAGAUUGUUUUUGCUUAAAAAAAUUCUCACUCAGAUUGUUAAUAUUCACUGCCAGAGUGACUACAGAUUAGAUGUGAUUAAAAUAGAAGAAUGAAAAAUA